CGGGCCGCGGGAGCAGCGCCCGGGGUAGCCUGCACGGGACGCUGCGGAAAGAACCGGUCUUGGACUCCCAACGGCCGGCAUUGGCGGCCGCGGAGGCCACGCAGGAGCAGCACCGGGGCCGUCCGGCGGAGCUGAGCGGCGCGGCGGCUUUACAUUAAAAUCCCAAGGAACCUGAGGUUUUGAAGUUUAAGGGACUCUGCAGGUGGAAGGAGUGGACAAAUGAGUGCUGAAGAAGGUGACCCACCCCCUCCGGAAGAAGAAGCACCUCCCUCGUCAGGAGAUGCAGCACCUCCAGAUUCAGAAGGUGCUGCCCCUUCAGAUCCAGGAAAUGAGGCCCCGCCCCCUCCAGAAGAAGAGGCUCCUCCUCUUUCCAGUGAAGAGGCUCCGCCUUUUCCAGAAGGAGCAUCCUUUGAGGAGGAUGGUGCCCCUCUUUUUGAGAAAGGUCCUACUUACUCUUUAAGUGAUUAUAUGAACCUCAUUUCUUCUGAUGAAAGGAUAGUUAUUCCAGUCGAUGAUGAGGCCUAUGCACAUAGGGUUCGAUCUAGGCCUCCGCCCCGAAUAGUCCAGUCAAUGUUGUCUGAUGUGCUCUCCCAGUCUUCGCGCAGUUCAUCCAGAUAUCGCCGAAGUAUGAGCGGGAUUCCAAGUCUGCAGGAAACAUUGAAAGAGAGACAGGCAAGAUUUAGAGAUGCAAGAGAAAGCCGAAAAAUGAAAAUUGACCCUUCAUAUAAAUAUAUAUUUGAAAUUCUAUCAGAAACGCUUGGUCUGGACUUAACAACUGUUGAAGAAUUGAUUUUGGAUUGCCCAUCUGUAAGUUUGUCUGUUUUAUCAUUAUUUUUAAAUUGCUUUUUGAUAAGUGAUUGAA